AUGGCCAGCAGUUACGACAAUAAGUUUGGUUUGAUCAUUCUUGGAAAUAGUGGCGUCGGAAAAAGUUUCUUAGCUAACAUUUUACUUGGCCGAGAAGCAUUCGAGCAUGAAUUUCGUGGUGGAUCUGUUACACAUCGAACAGAAUAUGAAGAAAUUACGAUCGAUGACAAUGUCUAUGCCAUCUUUAAUAUUCCCGGCUUGAUCGAAGCCGAUCAGGCUCGCGUCAAUAUCAACAAGCGUGAAAUCGAUUAUGCAUUCCAACAGCGACCGAACUCGCUUAUUAUCUAUGUCUUUGGACACCAACAUGGUCGCAUACGUAACGAAGAUGUUGUUGCAUUUAAUUCCAUUAACAAAGCAUAUCCAUUAAAUCCUGAAUCGCUCUUACUCGUAGUCAAUGCACUACCCGCAGAUCGGCCACCGAAUUAUGAAGGUGAAGUAAUACUCAUGAUACGAGAUAUUAUUGGAAGACAACUUUCGGAAAGAAGAAUGUGCUUUCUAAAUCACAUCAAUCGAGGAAACCGCGAAGAACGAGUAGCUCUAAGAAAUCAAUUUCUAGGUGCUAUCUUCGAGUUAUCACCACGAGUACAUAGAAAAGAAGAUGACAUUCGUUUACAAGCUGAUGAAGUCGCGAUGCUCAAACAGCAGAUCCAAACUAUGAAAGAUACAUUUGAUGCCAAUAAAAGUCAAUUCCAAGACGAAAUUCGUGCUCAGCAACUACGUUACGAUGAUCUCGUUAUUCAACAGAGAAUGGAGAGCGAGCGUUUUCAGAGCAUUAUUGAUCAACAAGCUCAGGAAGCAACAGCAAUGAGAGAAAGACAAGCGGAACAAGUCCAACAGAUGCAGGAGCGUCUCAUACGAAUGCAAGCGGACCAUCAGACUAUGAUACACGACAUGACAAACAGAAAUAGUGCCGAUACUGCAUUGAUCCGGCAAGCUUUAGAGCAAUCAAACCAAGCCCAAGCACAGCUAAGACAACAAAUAGCAGAUCUCGCGAAUCGGCCACCUCAAAUCAUAUACCGACGGGGAGGAGGAGGAGGGUUUUGUGUUAUAUCAUAA